AUGAAAGUUGGUAAAAUAUUCUUUUUGUUAAACAUCCUUGUAGUAUGCCACUUCAUUAUAUCAUGCUUAUGUCGAAAUGGACAAACUACUCGUGGGAAUUUAUUAGCAUUAAAAGCCAUUGAACAGGAUUUACAACAAAAGAAGAAUAGAAAAAGAAAUUUGAUUUUAUAUUCACUAGGUUCUGCAGCAUUAAUAGCUGCCCUUGUCGUUACAGGUAUAGGACUUAAUAUGUAUAUGAAAAAGAAAAAUGUUGACUCUGAGGUACAAGAAAUUAUAGAUGAAAAAGAUGAAAAAGUUAAAGAAAAACCAGCUGAGAAAAAAAAAACUACAGUAAAAAUAGUUUCCAAAAGAGUUCCUGUAAAAUCUAAAUCUUCAAAUGGUAAAUCAAAAGCACGUACCGUAAAUUCGGAGGUAUCUCCAAAAUUAGAUGAUGAAAAAAAAGAAGAUUUAUUAAAAUUUAAUGAUAAUGAUCUUUUAUUAGCAGCUGAAUCAUUAAAAGAAUUGAAUCCAAAAUAUGAUGAAAAUACUCAAGGAAAUGAUUCUUUUAAAAAUAUUAAUGAACCUAGAAAACUUGCUUCUUUUAGUCUUUAUGACGCAUUAGCUGAUGCUUCUGAACAAAAUAAAAACAAAGAUGCUGAAAGUUCUACAGGUCAAAUACCUACUCCAACAGAAAGUAGUCAUGGUAUAUCAGAUGGUAAAAAAGAUACAUCCACAAAUGAUAUGGAUCCUUUAAAUCCUUAUGGUUCAUCUAAAAGAAAUUCCUCUGAAGAUAAACCAACAUCUGAAUCAAAAGGCACGACACCAGAAUCUAAUUUUGAUUCCAAAACUCCUGAAAUAAAGGAAAUAAAUGAACCAAUUAUAGUACCUUCAUAUUAUCCAACUACUGGUCCAAAUCCUAAUACCCAUGGACCACCAAGCAGAAGAAUUUCAACAUCUAGAUCUUCUGGAUCGUCCAAUAGAAGUUCAUCAGGAACUAGUACAAGAUCCAAAGGUCCUUCUAGCCCAUUACGCGAUUCUUCAGGAAGAUCAAGUGGAAGAAGUACCACACCAAGAGUCAGAAAAGAAUAA